AUGCAUGCAGCCUUUGUGUUAGUUGCAAUUUGCCUGACUGUAGUGAAUGCAGUCCCUGAGAGCGUUUCAGGGAUAGUAGGCGGGUCGGAAACCGUCCUCACUCGGUACCCUAGCAUCGCUAGUUUGUUGUACUCAAGCGAUGGGAACAACUUCAACCAAGUGUGUGUAGGCACUAUCAUUAAUCUGAAAUCUAUAGUAACUGCUGCACAUUGUAUAUUUGGUGACACAGCCGAGAAAUGGCGUGCCCGAGUGGGUUCGAGUUGGGCUAACAGCGGUGGUUUUGUGUACGCUCUCAACUCCUUCACUAUCCAUCCUAACUACAACAUCCAAACUAUGAACAAUGACAUUGCCAUCUUACAUCCUACUGUCGAUAUCGCCUUUACUAUUGGAAACGUUGUUAAGCCUGUCUUCAUUGCUGGCUCGAAAUACAACCUUCCUGUCAGUCAAAUUGUUUGGGCUGCUGGAUGGGGAUCUUCACAUGUAGGUGCAGCUCCAAGCGAGAAGCUUCGACACUUCCAGGGUCGGGUCAUCAGUCACUAUACUUGCGCAGCCAAGUAUGCUACCAUCGGUGCUAAUCUGACUGACAACAUGCUAUGCUUCGGCUGGCCCUACGGUGUAUCUCGUGAUCGGUGCCAGGGUGACUCUGGUAGCCCGGUCUACCAUAAUGCAAUUCUGGUCGGGAUCAGUUCAUGGGGCUAUGACUGCGCGUCUGGUUACCAUGGAGUCAAUACUCGCAUAUCUAAACUGGCAACCUGGAUUCUAGAGAACUCGCCAGUUUUCUAA